CAGUUGAAAGAGAAGAAACGAAUAGAAGAGGCUGGCGGAUGGGUGCUUUUCAAUGGAGUAUGGCGGGUAUUGGGUAUCUUGGCGGUUUCCAGAGCCAUGGGAGACACGCUUUUCAAGGACAGGAAUUUGGUCAUCAGUGACCCUGACGUGCUGUGCUUUCCAUUGCGGGGGUCCUCGGAUCCCAAGUUCUAUAUUUUGGCCUCUGACGGACUGUGGGACGUCUUCAGCAACGAGGAAGCUAUUAUGUUUGCGCAAGAUUUGUUCAGUCAGAAUGAAGAUGUUGCUACAGUGUCCAAGAAACUGGCCCUGGAAGGGGUACGGAGAGGCUCUACAGACAAUGUCAGUGUGUUGAGUGUGCUACUGCCUGACUUGGGCAACAAGAAACGGGUUGUGGAUCGACGCCAGUCUGUCAACAGUCCUUCGCUGGGAAGGAAACAGGUC